CCUCGUCUUCGCAUCAGAGACUGGAGAUGCGGAGGCCGUCGUCUUCGCCGUCUCCGGCGAGGGCCCCGGCGUUGGCUGCAGCAGCGGCUGUCGUGCUCCUCCCGGCUAUCUUCCCCGCGCUCUUCUCCCCGCUCGGCCGCGCCUUCCCUUCCCUAUUCUCAGAGUGGAAUGCCCCUAAACCAAUGCACGAGUCUCUUUUGAAUCAGGCUUUGCAAUGGACGAUCCCAGAUGAACAGAAGAGAGAUCUGUGGACACCCUUGCCUUAUCAGGGGUGGAAACCAUGCUUAAAGUCACCGGGCACUCAUGAUUUACCUUUUGGGUACAUCCAAGUAUUUCUUGAUGGUGGACUGAACCAGCAAAGAAUGGGGAUAUGUGAUGCAGUUGCGGUUGCAAAGAUUUUGAACGCUACUCUUGUGAUCCCACAUCUUGAAGUAAACCCUGUUUGGAAAGACUCAAGCUCAUUCGAAGAUAUUUUUAAUGUGGAUCACUUCAUCAGCACCCUAAGACGUGAGGUUUCAAUAGUGAAAUAUCUGCCAAAAGAAUUUUCAUGGAGCACAAGAGAGUUCUACGGCACAGGAAUCCGCGCCACAAGAAUAAAAACUGCACCUCUUCAUGCCUCUGCUAGUUGGUAUAUAGAGAAUGUCGGUCCAAUUCUGCGAAGUUACGGCAUUGCUGCCAUUGCCCCCUUUUCUCACCGCCUUGCAUUUGAUGAUUUGCCUGCGGAUAUUCAACGUCUGCGUUGUAAAGUUAACUUUGAAGCGCUGGUUUUUCUGCCUUACAUUAUCUCACUGGGGAGGACCCUUGAGAAACGUUUGCGAUCUCCAGUUCAGGGGCAUUCUAUUGAAUUAGCCCAACAAGGUGUAGAAGAAAACACGAACCAGGCUGGAAAAUAUGCAGUUUUACAUCUCCGCUUCGAUAAGGAUAUGGCUGCACAUUCUGCCUGUGACUUUGGCGGUGGUAGAGCUGAGAAGUUAGCUCUGGCUAAGUACAGGCAAGUUAUCUGGCAAGGGAGGGUAUUGAAUUCACAGCUAACUGAUGAGGAGCUUCGAAACACAGGCCGCUGCCCAUUGACUCCAGAAGAGAUUGGACUGAUACUAGUGGCGCUUGGCUUUGACAACAGCACUCGACUUUAUCUUGCUUCUCACAAGGUGUAUGGUGGUGAAGCUAGAAUCUCUAGCUUGCGCAAACUUUUCCCACUGAUGGAAGACAAGAGGAGCCUUGCGUCUGAAGAUGAACUUGCCAAGGUUGAAGGGAAGGCUUCUGUGCUAGCAGCUCUUGACUACUAUAUUAGCAUGCACAGUGACGUUUUCAUCUCAGCAUCUCCUGGCAAUAUGCAUAAUGCACUGCUGGCUCACCGGGCCUAUAGGAAUUUGAAGACGAUAAGGCCAAACAUGGCAUUGCUUGGACACGUCUUUGUGAACAAGAGCAUGGAGUGGUCAGGGUUUCAGCAGGCUGUACAGGCAGGCCACAAGGGUAGAUAUGGGCAAAUCCGGCUGAGGAAGCCAACGCAGUCUAUCUAUACUUACCCUGCCCCAGAUUGUAUGUGCCAAGGGUAGGUCGUGUAGUUCUCUGCAGUGCACCAGCAAAAGAAUUCUGCUGGACCAACAGCUGAUGUCACAGUGUAGUUCAAAUUGCUUUCAAUUGCUAAGUAGGAAAAGCUGAUGCGAGUACAAAUGCUAGUUCUGAAGUUCUGUUUGAGUCAUUCGGCUCAUCCAUUAACACGUUGUUGAAAGAGUGUAAUUGUGUCCUGUUAACUCGUGUUCCAUAUCACGAAGUUGUAGUUUUGCGACUGAUGUUGUAUAUCUGUGAUUCGAUAUACUGUAUGCCCUUUUCUCCUUUCGCAA